UUUGUUUUGAAUUUAUUGUAAUUGCUCUAUAACUGGUGGUAAAACUUUCAAUGUGAAACAACAUUUUGAAACAAACAAAAACAAACUGUGUGUAGAGAGGCGCUCAGAAAAAACCGAAAGUCAAUUGCUGCUGAAAGAAAGUGUUGAGAAUAAAUACUGGACUUUUGCAAAAUGUUUUUGAGCGCAAAUAUACCAUUGGAAAAAGCUGUUAUAGAGYUCCUUGAAAAAUAUACUAACAAGACAGUGCCGAGUGUUACAAAUUUACGCCUAAAAUAUGUUCCUGAGUUAUACGAAAAAAGUCUAGAAAAAAUGCGGGCCGCAGUUGGUGACAAAAACAUUUGGAUAUCUAUUGAUGAAACGACUGACGUUGAGCAAAGAUUGAUUGCGAAUUUUGUGUUUGGAAUUUUGGAUGGCACCAAAGAAAGUGCGGAAAAGUCUUACCUUUUGAACUCUGGCGUUGUAGAAGCCGCCAAUGCCAAUACGGUGGCAGCAUUCCUGAACGAUUCGCUGCAUAUUUUGUGGCCGGACGGUAUUCAGUACAACAGAGUAUUAUUUGCGGUUACGGAUGCGGCGGCGUACAUGUUAGCAACUAUGAAGGCUAUGAAGACGUUGUACCCAAAGAUGUUGCAUUGCACAUGCUUCGCCCAUGACGUGCAUAGAAUAGCAGAGUUCGUACGACUCGAACUUACAGAUGUCAAUGCACUUAUUUCGAAUGUGAAAUCAAUCUAUUGCAAGGCACCGUCUCGACGAYGUCAAAUCAAGGCAGACCUUCUAGAGUUGAAAUUACCCCCACAACCUUUUACAACUAGGUGGGGUACAUGGAUUGAUGCGGCUGAAUAUUAUUGCGAUCAUUUGUACGACAUAGAUUCAGCAAUUAAUAAACUCAGCAAUGACGACUCAGACGUUAUUCGUCGAACCAAAGAAAUAUUAAAAAAUAAGAACCUGAAAAAUUAACUUAUUUUUAUCAAAUCAAACUUUGCUUGCCUUUGUGCAGGGAUUGAAAAGCUGCAAACAAAAGGCCUAUCUUUGCAGGAAGGUAUUGACGUCAUGGAAGUUGUAAAUCAAUCAUUAAGACAAAUCGAGGAUAAACGCUUUUUGCAAAAAUUAAAUGCAGUUCUAAAAAGAAACGAAGGCUACACGUCUUUAUGCAAAAUUAAAAGAAUUAUUUUCAAUAACUCGAAGGAAAAUGAUAACUUCAUCGAUUCUUUAACACCGGUGGAAAUUGCUAAUAUUAAAUACCGUCCAGUGACUUCAGUGGACGUUAAAAGAUCUUUUUCCGUUUACACCACAUUGUUAAAUGAAAAACGACGAUCGCUUUUAUUUGAAAAUUUGAAGCAACAUUUAAUUGUGCAUUGCAAUUUUACUCUUUUUAACAACAAUGA